AUGGCACCUCUAAAUGUUUUAAUGAUUGGCACCGGCGAAUACACCACGGGCUUUGUGGGCACAGGAGCGUCAGGUUCGGACAAGAAAGUUGGCGUCGUAGGCCUCACGCUGUUUGAUUUGCGUCGUCGCGGCAAAGUCGACAAGCUGGGCAUGGUUGGCGUCAACGGCUCCAAGUUUCCCGCCAUUCGCCAGCACUUGGACAAGAAUAUCACCCAAGUCUACAACGGGCUCGACACCUCUUUCGACAGCUUCCCGGCCAACGACCAAAAGGAUCCAGACGCCUACAAGACGGCCAUUGACCGUCUCUCCCCCGGCGACGCCAUCACCGUAUUCACCCCCGACCCGACGCACUAUCCCAUUGCUCUGUACGCCAUCGAGCGCGGCAUCCAUGUGCUUCUCACCAAGCCCGCCGUCAAGGAGCUCUCCCAUCACCAGGACCUGUUGCGGCGCGCCCGCGAAAAGGGCGUCUACGUCUUUAUCGAGCACCACAAGCGCUUCGACCCGGCCUACUCGGACGCCCGGUUCAAGGCCAAGACGCUCGGCGACUUCAACUACUUCUACAGCUACAUGUCGCAGCCCAAGUACCAGCUCGAAACGUUCAAGUCAUGGGCAGGCCGGGAGUCGGACAUCUCGUACUACCUCAACAGCCACCACAUCGACAUCUGCGACUCCAUGGUCCAGCAGCUGGGCUAUCUGCCCGUCAAGGUGUCGGCCUCGUCGUCCAAGGGAGUGGCCACGGACUUGGGCUGCGUCGCCAAGACAGAAGACACCAUCUCCCUGCUCGUCACCUGGGCCAAGACGGGCGACCCGUCCAAGCGCGCCGUCGCCGUGUACACGUCUUCGUGGACGGCACCCGAGCGUGCCGGCGUCCACACAAACCAGUACUUUCACUAUCUGGCGUCCAAUGGCGAGAUCCGCGUAGACCAGGCUCACCGCGGCUACGACGUUGCCGACGACGCCGCUGGUCAGAUUCAGUGGUUCAACCCUUUCUACAUGCGCUAUGCGCCCGACGAGGACGGCAACUUCAACGGCCAGACCGGCUAUGGGUACAUUUCGCUCGAGAAGUUUGUGGACGGGUGCACGGCCGUCAAUGAGGGACGGCUGAAGCCCGAGGAUUUGGAUUCAAAGGGCUUACCGACCCUCGGCAACACGAUUGCCACGACGGCCAUUCUGGAGGCUGGCAGGCGGAGUAUCGACGAGGGGAGGGAAAUUGGCAUCGUUGUCGAGGGGAAUACUUGGAAGCUGAUGUAG